AUGUCCGAUUCCCCAGGGACUCCCAAUGGGAAAGACACGAUCCGCAACUAUGAAUUCACGCCCAUCGGAUAUGUGAAGGAGAGGGAGACUUCGGUGCCUGCCGUGGCCAACAGUGACUCGCGAAAACGGUCAUCGCCCUACCGGUCCCCGGCUGCAGACGACGACGGCCCGCCACAGAAAGCUUUCAGGGCUGACGACACGCUGAAUUCUACGCGCAUAUUCAAUGACUCUUCCUUUGAUGACACGCUGCCGUCCCAGAGCGUAAUGAAUAGUGUGAGGAUAAACGGUGUAUCCGAUCUGCACGAUAAUGGGAUUGAGGAGGAGAACGGCGGCGCGUCCAACCCUUUGAAGGAGCAGCAGGAAACUCUCUACAAGCUAAAUGUUGAAAACUACAAUCUCAGAGUCAAAUGCAACAGUCUGUUGAAGUUUCUGAAUAACGUAACGGACGAAGGAGAACUCCGAAAGAACCUCGCGGUGAUAGACGAGCUGCAAGAAUGGAAGGGCAAAUACCAGGAACUCAAAAAGGCCUAUAGAAGCUUGCAGCUUAAGUUCGAUCAGUCCGAACACAAGGAUCAAGCGGAUCUUGAACAAGACGCACGUUCAAACGAGAAGGAGAUGCGAAGCCUGCAGAAAAAGCUACAAGAGUAUCAAGAACAAGUCACGCAGUCAAAAAAGCUUGUGGAGAGCUUGGAAAACAAGCUUGGAAACUCGGCCAGCGGUUCUAAAGAGAUAAAAGAGCAAUUUGAGCACAAAUCUAGUCUCUUACAAGAGAGAAUUGACAAGCUUGAAUCCGAGCUAGCUGCAAAGGACAAAGAGCUUGAAAUCAAUAGAAAUGAAAUCAAAAACCUUCAGAACGACUUGCAAAAAGCGAAUCACGACUCCAGCUCUUUGGCAGAUCAAAAACUGCAAACGAGGUCAAAAGAAAUCGAAAAUCUGAAUAACAGAUUGAAGAGCGCUGUUCGUGAGCGAGAAGCAGCGGAGCAUCUCUUGAAAGAAUCACAAAAUGCCUUGCGCUCUUUGCGAGCGGAGCUUUCUACCUUACGCCAAGAAAGCGACCGAAAGCUCGACGACUUGUCGGUAGCCAAAGAGAAGUCUGAGCGAGUGUUAAAGGAAAGACUCGAAGAGAGAACUUCCCAGAGUGAGAGGCUGCAGCAACGCGCCAACUCUCUUGAACAAAACGCUGCAGAAUUGAGUUCUAGGCUCCAGUUACGAGAUCAGCGUAUCAAAGCAUUGGAGGAUGAAGCUCGAGAGCUCCAAAAGAUGAAUCAGCGCAUUCAGGACUUGAAUGAUGGAAAGGACUCUGAAAAAUUACAGGCCCAAAAUCAGAAGCUGGAUGGCCUGCGGUCAGAGAUCGAACGCAUCAAGAAUGAAAAGGAGGAACUUGAGAGGGAUAAUGACAAGCUGAAGAAAAGAAUUGUGGCGCAAGCAACCAAAUCUCCGGCGCUGAAGGCUAACUCCCGGAAAAGUUUAGAAAAAGACGCCGAGGCGGAGAAACUAAGGUCUCGAGUGCGAGAGCUUGAACAAGAACUAAGAGUAUCCAAGGACGCAUUGAACAAGCUUCGUCAUAACUACCGCCGAGAUACAGAUGAACUCAAACUGCAGCUUGAGGGCGCUGAGACUGAUCAAGUGUCAGCGAAGAGGAGUCUGGAAAAAGAGAUUGAUAGGCUGAAGUUUGAAAUAGAUUCCCUACGAGAAUCCAGAAAGGACGAAAUCGCCAUUAUGGAGAACCGUUUCAACCUGCUAAGGCGAGAAAAUGAGCAGCUGUCAGGCCAAGGUGGAUCUCAGCUCGCCAGCUUGCAAAAGUCCCUCACUGAAAAGCAGAAAGAGAUAAAUGAGCUGGUGCAAAGGUGUAGUGAUAACACAAUGGAUAGGUUGAAACUGAAUAGAGAGUUGGCAAAAGCACAGGAAGCUGAGUCCGAAGGAAAACGAGAAGCUUCCAAACUUUCAGCGCGCUUAGAGUUUAUUACAAAAGAGUUUGUGAAAUACAAAGAGGCAAAGACCCAAGGUGGGGAAGCUGGCGCGGACCGCCUCAACGAAAAGUGGUCUGAGAAGUACCAACAUAUGAAGCAGAGACUUCUGAACGAACUCAAAGUCCUGCAAGAGGAAAACCUAGAACUCGAACGAGCCACGCUGGAAAGGAAAGGAAGCGCCGGCUCUGGAACUUACAAUGUAGGCAUGUCUUCGCUGCAGGACCAGCUCGAUUACUACAGAUUGAAAUAUCAUCGGGAGGUCGCCCAUACAAACGACCUAAACGUCAUGAACGAUUACCUCAACCGCGUGCUGAGAGCCAGCGCCCAGCACGUUCGUCUUGAUAUCCUGAAGCUGGAAAAUGAGGCGCCACCCGAUGCAUUUCCCGAGUUCACUUACCGCGGCAGGCUGCGAUUUAAAACUGUAGCUUUGUUUGUCCUGGCAGCAGUGCGCGUCCAGCGCGUAAGUUUGAAGCUUCGCUGGGAUUCACAGCGCCUCAACUAUCUUCAGAAGAAGAUCGCAUUGGAACAAGACAAGAUAACCUGGUAA